AUGUCGUCGGUUUUAAGCGAAAAUUGCACAUCGCCGGGCUUCCACUCGAACAUGAGCAGCAGUUUCUCAACCUCGCCUUCGCCAUCCCCACCACAGUCACAACCCCCGUCGCCGAGUCCCAGUCCACCGCCGACUAUCCACAACCGCCGCACCCUCUCCUCGCGCACAGCCAGCGACAAUCACUCUUCACGGCGCAGCCCGCCGCCUCCUGCCCUCCCCGGCCUAGGCCUCCCCGCCUCGCCAUUCGCAGCAGCAAACACCAAUGUCACAAACACGCACUCAAAUCCAGGUGAAAGCUCGCACCCGAAUUCAAGGAGCGCAGCAGCGCCAAUCUUCGUCCCGCAGCGAGGGGAAUCAGACGCCGAGUGCUGGGAGAAGAUGGUAGCGCUGCAGCGAGAGUACCACUGCUACAACUCGGCGCGGUUGGAGGCCGCAGUCGAGGCGCUGGAGCGCGGGUGCAUGAUUGAGGAGGUGCCUAUGCCUUCGAGGUUUUGCUUGGACCUGCUGAAUGAGGGCUUACAGGCGCAGAUCGAGUCCGAGUCUGAGUCUUGGUAG